AUGGUCUUGAAAAAAAAAUUUACUACUUUUUACCUGGCAGCAGAAACCCUACAAAUAUUACAUGUGGUUAUAGUCCUCGGGGAGCUGGACGACUUUUUCAACCAAAAAUACAUCUUAGCUAUUGAAAAAUCUCUAUCAUACAAACUGGAAGAGGCGUGUAGCGCGAUGCCACUUUUCAAAACAAGCAGUGGCAUCCUUAUUCAGGAGGCACCCCCAGUAUCCAUUCCUCUGCAUUGGCUAAAUGCUAGAGACAGGCUUAGAGCAAUGGUUGCAAGAGAUGAGUUCAGAAGAAGCAGAAACAUGGUUGCAACUAUAGUUCAGAUUAGUUAG